CCUCCCUUCUGCCCUCCCUCGUCUCGUCUUCUGCCUAGCAGCAGCUAGCAAGUUCGCUUCACGCUUCCCCAUCGCUCGCUUCGUCGUUCAACUCGAAACACCCCGCAGCCCCCGGUCAUUGUCCGACGCUUUACGCAGCAAACCGCGCGAUCGAAAAGCUCUCGGUUCGACGCGGGAACUUUUUGCAACCAAAAGCGCGCGCCUCACAUCAGCCAGUGAUCGUGACGUAGUUAUUGACAAAUCUUUAUUUCGCUUCGCGCCGCGUUUGAUGUCACCCGGGCUCUAGUCGCGCGCUGUCUGCACAGGUCUCCUGCCGCAAAGGACUCUCUUAGAAGUGCACGAGGACACGUCACAGUGCGAUGAAAGGGACGCAGGGAGAGCAGGAGGGAUGAGAAAGCGAUUCAAGUGAAAGAAGUCUCGCAUCACCAUAAAGUGCCUCAUCUGGAUGCUGCGGAAGCCCUUCUCCGUGUCCGCUUCGGAGCGUUCUCUUCCCCGCUGACUUGAGCGCGUGCGUGUGCGCUUGGCCUUGGCUCGGGCUAUAUUUCACCCUGACAGUCAAUCAACCCAUUUGCCUGUUCCUCGAUUCCAGCUCCGUCUGCUCGCCAUUUCACCUUUUAAUACAAGGACGCCAGUCGAUUAGUUUCCCUUUUGGGUUCUCAAAGUGUCUCUCCCUUCAUUUCUGCAGUCUCUCCAUCCCUGGCGACCCAGACAUGCGAGUAUCUUUAGGGACUGCUGCGCCUAUGGCAACAGGGCAGGGGGUUUCGGAAGCCUAAAUUUAGAGAAAGUCCGUUUUACAUCAAUGCAAGAGGGCUAUUUUAAACCCAGAGCUUCGGAGGGUGAGUCUAGACAGUGGGGCGACCACUGCAGACAAAUACAAAGUGCCGCUCUACUCUACUUUUAAUGCCUCUUUCUCCUGGACGGCAGCCGAAGAUGCACCGCAGCAUGUCACAUUGACCUACUCCACCUCAGCACGCUCGAUUCAUCGCUCUCCCUGCCUGACUUUAAACUGAUCUCAUAUUCUCGUCAUACUUCCUCAAACGGCUGAUCAGCAGACUAUGCCCCCUUCCUGUCCAUGAGAGAGUUUGCUUUUCAUUUCUAGACUGGUAGUGAGGAUCUCCUUGCCACUGUGCUCGUUUUUUGCAGCUUUUGUGCUUCAUCACGCCUGGCUGCCCCACCCCAGCCCUCAGCUCACCCACCGCUCGCCGAGGGACCGCCAUGGCCGUCAAUGUGACCAUGGGUCGCGACACCAAGUGGCUGACGCUGGAGGUGUGCAGAGAGUUCCAGCGAGGAACCUGCUCGCGUUCGGACACCGAAUGCAAGUUUGCUCACCCCUCUCGCACCUGCCACGUGGAGAACGGCCGCGUCAUCGCCUGUUUUGACUCACUCAAGGGACGCUGUACACGUGAUAACUGUAAGUACCUGCAUCCUCCGCCUCAUCUCAAGACCCAGCUGGAGAUAAACGGCAGGAACAACCUGAUCCAGCAGAAGACCGCAGCCGCCAUGCUGGCCCAGCAGAUGCAGUUCAUGCUGCCUGGAGCUCAGCUGCAGCCCAUAACCUCGUUCCCAGUAACGCCUUCCUUGGCCAACAGUCCGAGCGUGGCUUUCAGCCCGUACCUGAGCCACGUGAGCCCAGGCAUCAGUCUCAUGCCCGAGCUUCUGCCCAGCGCCCCCGUGCUGGUCCCGGGGAGCCCCACCGGCAUCGCCAUGGGCAACGGAAAUUCAACACAGAAGCAUGUUCGCACAGACAAGCUUGAGGUGUGUCGGGAAUUCCAGCGGGGAAACUGCACACGCGGGGAGAACGACUGCCGCUACGCCCACCCUAUGGAAGCAGCCAUGGUGGACGGCAGCGAGAACUCCGUCAUUGUUUGCAUGGAUUACAUCAAGGGCCGAUGCACCCGUGACAAAUGCAAGUACUUUCACCCUCCGGCUCACCUACAGGCCCGGAUAAAGGCGGCGCAGCACCAAGCCAGCCAGAAUGCUGCUGCCAUGGCUUUGCCACCUGGAGCCAUGCAACAGCUACCAAAGAGACCGACCCUGGAGAAGACUAACGGCGCGGCUGCCGUCUUCAACCCCAGCAUGUUCCACUACCAGCAGGCUUUGGCCAGCAUGCAGCUGCAGCAGCCAGCCUUCAUUCCCACAGUAGACGCCGCCGAGGUACUGAGCGCCGACCCCAUCGACCUCCAAUGCGUUCCCAUGGAGGCCCAUUUCUGUCCCGUUCCUAAACUCCUGGUGGCUGCACCAAUGACGCUGAAUCCAGUAAGCCUCUCCCGCAAUCCCACAACCUAAUCAGGCCCAUCUUUCAUGCAACAUGUGCCCAAACAGAAAAAUGAAUGCAACAAAACGUGUGCCUAAUCAGUACGUCCUUAACGGGCAAUACAUUCAUCCUCAUGUCAGAGAUUUCCCACUUCAUUUGACGUCAACAGAGGUUUGUUGAUAUCGAAACAGGCAAUACUUAAGCUUGGACCUACAACUGUUUAAGGAAGCAUGCCAUCUCGAUGCAAGGAGACGCAAGGAGCGCGCGGAUGCUGAAUCAGGAGAUGGAGCGCUCUCGUAACUCACAGCCAUACGAAUACAUGCAAACCAAUUAGUUGAGAAGAAUCAAUUCUCUGGAGGUGAACAUUAGGUUUCAGAGCCGUACGGUAAGAGGUGGAGUCGAUGCAGAUCAUCAGCAGACAGAAUGUUUCUCCGUCGUAGAAUGUGAAAACCCAGAGUGUGUGAGAGCGACACCUAAUGAUAUUUUAAAUAGUUGUGGUGGUGGUGGUGGUGGUGGUAAUUUCUUUCACAUUUAAUUAUGAUUAAUGAACGUGGCACGUUUUAUUUCAUGUUUACAUUUCAAAAUGUGGAAAAAAAAAAAGGUUAUGAUUGAUGCUUUUGUAAGAUAAUCUAAUACUGAUUCUCAUGAUACUGAUUUAGGUUUUUCGUUUUUAGAGGUUUUCAAAAUGUCUUUGUUCGUGCCUUUGAGUUAAAAGUGUGUGGACACCCCCUCCUCCCCCCGUUUCUUCUGUACUUAACUGACUUACAUUUUAUCAUAGACUAAGAAAGUAUACCUGUGUAGCCUUUCAGAAUCGAUGUGUCGUUCCUACGUCUACUUAGGGAUGUGUGUUGUUGUGAGUUUUUGUUGAAAGAGUAUUAUUUAUUUAAUGACUUUCCAACAGGCUAAAACUGGUCUACUGAGAUAAGUGUUACUAUUCAUGCCUGAAGUAUCUCACCUCGCAUUUCAAGCUCCACAUCGAGACGGUCAAACAGAAGAUUGGUUCACAUACUCAUACCUCCAUUUUAAAAAUAGAACUGCCUUAAGCAGACUAAAUAUGAGAACUUCUUUUUGCGCAGUGUGAUGCACACACUGAAAUGUAAGGUCUGAUUGCAGGCCUUCUGGAUGUAUAAGAUGUCUUGUUGAGAAAAAUUUAACUGGACUUUAUUUUUAUUCCAGCUGGUCUUAUUCUUCGCUGUUUCAUGCAACUAUUUCUUAUUGUCCUGGAUAUUUAAAUGCUCUAAAAAAUUGUCGCUUUUAUUCGCUUUUUAGAUUAUAUGUAUUGCAUUUCUCGAAUAUUGGGUGAGUUUCACGAAAACAGUCAAAUUCCAGGUCAUAUUUCAUCCCAAAAGCAAACGAAAAAAGAAAAUUAUGAAAAAUUUAUGCAACAAAUAUCACCUUCAUCAUAUAAUGUGCAAUAAAUAACAAAAAUCUUUACAUAUUGUGGUUAUAUUUGUUCUAAUUCUGUUAACAAAAUAUAAUACUAAAACAAUUACCAAAAAAAGGUGCAGAAAACAAGCAAUGCAUUAUGGAAAUGUAGUUUAAUUACCAUAAAAAAAAAAAAAGAGAGAAGUAUGCAAAAUCAAAUUUUCUUUGUUUUGAUUUUGGUGUGAAAUGUGACAUUUCCAUAAGAUUCACCCUAUUACCAUGUCUAUCUCUUGUAGACAAACCCCUUCCGAUGGCUGGACUAUCUCUGCCAAAAUCCAUGCUCUGUCCCACCUGCUGUGUGACAGUCUGUUCGUCUCCACUUUUCGUUCAGCCAUGUUUGGUGCAUCCCUGAGUACUGUAAGAUCAGUUUUCAGUCUCCAUUAGUUGCCAAAAUGCUAAUUUAACCUGCAUGUUUCGUGGUUUACACUAUCAUUUAUAACAGAUUGGCACACAUAUGUUACAUCCCGAUCAUUAAAAUCACAAAGAGAUAUGCAAAAUCCUUUCUAGAAGUCUGGAACCUGAUUUGAAUAUCCGGCGUCUCUCCCAUUAGUUUGCUGUAUUCAGCAGCAUAUGCGCCCCCUGCACAGACAUGUCAAGUGCACUGCUUUUGUGCCAAUGACUCAGACAGGUCACCCUGUGCCAAUCACUGGAGAACUCAGACUGCACAAUCAGGCCUUGACAUGCCAAGGUCAUGAGCCAGAUGGAUGGAAAUUGCAGUAUCGCAAAUGUGCCCACCCAAGCGACAAAUCCAAACCUAUCGGAGCAAGCUAUUAUCUUGCGCUUUGAAACAUCUCAGUUAUUGCCGCCGUUCAUUAGUCGAGUCCUACAGUUGGGAAACUGACAGUAGGGUUGUUUUCAGCAGCUGUUUUUAUUACUGCAUGAGUGUGCACCCCUAAUAGAGUUCCGGUCCCUGACAACCUAUUAGUAAUACAUUAUUGAAAGUUUAUCGAUGGAGGAAACAUGAAAACUGUGUCAGACAGACAAUACACAGAGGCCUGCAAUCCAUUAGGGGAGUUUCUUUGCCCAUUUUGACUUCGAGAUAAACGGCCGAUUGAGCUCUUUCAGUUGUUCUUGUGUUUGUUGUGUUCAUGUGUGAACAGGUUUAAAUCACUGACUGUGUCCUUACUUUCAAAAGUCGGCAGACUCUAAAAUGCAAGGGCGUAGAUGACCGCGUGACAUCUGAUUAUUUGGACUGUGAGCUGAAAGCUGCGGCUCUCGUGUAGACAUGUUACAAUUAAAGGAAAUUUUGAUUCUUUUCAGACUGGGUACUUAGAAAAGGCCCUCAUCAGCCAAAGCUUCAUUUACGAGCCCCCUCGACGGGCCUUUACAUGCAUAUAUGAAUGUGACAUUUAAGACAGAGAGAAUGUCACGAGAGGUUUUGGAUGCCUGUCUUACCAUUUCUCUCGAAACGAAACUACAACCUUUCUCAACAUAUCAAGGAAGUGAAAGCCUCCCAAUGCCAUCCACUGUUGAUGUACAAAAAGAGACAGAAAAAAAGGCGUUUUUCGUCACUUAUCUCAAAGACCCUUCUCUAAACUGUUGUCUCCUUUGGGACAGCCAUGUUGUUUCAGCGGCGUAACCCCAAGAGAGAGCCAUAAAGCUGAUUUUAUGACCUAAAAACAUCAUCGCAACUUUUUUGCUGAUCAGCACACACACUAUCUAGGCCAAACACAAGUGAUAUCAUACAGCGGUGGUCUAAACAAAAGACGAAGUCAGAGCGAGAUGAUGCUAUACUGUGUUAUAACUGAAAUAGUAUCUGUAUUGUAAACAUCUCUGUAUAAUGUUCAUGUGUUUUAAGGUUGUUUUAAGAAAUACUGGGGCACGUACGUGUGGAUUCUUUUAGGAACGAUCUCUACUGUUUAUUGAUGUGUUGUUUUGUAAUUCAGUUCCAUUGCCCAGCCAAGGUGUAGAAGCUCCUUUCUCUCUGUCUCUCUCUGUCUCUCUCUCUCUCUCUCUCUCUCUCUCUCUCUCUCUCUCUCUCAUAUAAAGAAUUAUGCCUUCUCCAACUGCAAUCCAGCUGGAAUCAACGAAAUACUUGAUAAAGAAAAAACAAUGUGCCUCAUCGGGGGCUUUAGCAUUUUAAGAACUCACUUUUUAAGAAGUGUGCAUACCUGCAUAAAGUAGUUAGCUAGAAUAAUCUAUGUGUACGUAUUACAAACGCAUUGUCACCGUCAUUCUAGUUUUUCACAUUACUGACUUUCGUAACGGUACCUGUUUUAACUAUACCCUCACGACUUCAGUCAUGUUAUGGUGUGUUGUUUUGACACAGCUGUCAAUGGUAGUUUGAGUUCGAUCAUUAGCGUUACUCGGUUUACCUUACCUUACAUCGUAAAGUCUGUCAUCGCAUGAAAUUAAAAUAAUCUGAAUAAUCUACAUCAUAGUUUGUGCAGUUAGUGGUUUAAGAUUUAAAAAAAUUACUUAAUCUAUAUAUCUAUAUAUCAAUAUACACAUUUGUAUGUAUUACAAUGAUAGAUUCAUUGUUACCUAUGAUAGUAAGUUCUUGUUGCUAUGGCAACAAAACUACAACAUGGCUACCUUUGUAUAUCUUAAUUGUGAAUUUUUUCACACUUCAAGUAAAAUAAUGUACAACGUUAACUUAUUCAGAAAGGGAAUGUGUUCUUAAGUUGUCUUGGACAAAGAGAUGAUUGACUAUUUUGUAAAAUUAUAUAAAUGCAUAUAUAUAUAUAUAUAAACGUAUAUAUAUACAGACUUGUGAGAUACUUUAUGUCCAAAGGCCCUUUGGAGACAUCAUACGUUAUUUCAGUUUUGAUGAUUAUUAUUUUUCUAUUGGGGUUGCUGAUCACUUUUAGAUAAGAACCAGAUCUUUACGUAAACAGCAUCUGAGCUUUUGAACUAAUCUGAUGGAUCAAUUUGGGGGAAAGAGACUUUCUAGUCUCGUAUUUGGUCCGAAAAAGGUUCGUCGGUUUUUAUAAACAACGCAGCCCUGUGAUGUCAGUAACGGGACGGUAUCAGCCAUACGUGAGCCCCUGAUUUAAGUCUCUGUCCCCCUCUGGCCCACCCAGACUGCACCCCAGCUGUGCUGGGACCCGGUGACUCGCCUGGUCACCCCAUCGGUGUACGAAUGUGUGUUAUUCACCUUGUUUGCACUUAUGUACAUAACUGAUUCAAAAUAUUCAGAAUUUAUUUUGAAUAUACAUAGAUGAAUAAAUAUAUAUAUGUAGAAGAGCAGAUUCAAAUCAAAUGUCUGUAUCGUUCGGAAUACAGGUAAACAGUUGUCCUUUUAAAGGGUUGUCAAAGAGAUAGAUGCUGUUUCGCUGGGGUGUCGAGGAAUUUGUUGUUUGUUCUGUUUGCUAAUGCCCUCGUUCUCAUCGUUAAGCAUGAUACUGCAUUUUGCGGAGAAAAUGAUGUCAAAAAAGGCUUUGUAGUUUUGCGUAGCUUACAAAAGCGCAGCGUCCUGAGCACUGCCCGCUCCCGUCUGAUCCUGAGGUCCAGAAACCAAAGAAUGGCCAACUUGUUUCUCUUUUACCUCUACGUCGGGCGGUUUUGAUUUCUACGUAGAAAACAAACGGGGGGUGUAAUAACGCUCUGCCCCCUACAGGAAGACCAGGAGGGCAGCGUAAAGAGCACCUCAGGAUCAGGCCGCAGCUGGCAAGCAUUGCUGCAGGUUACAUGAAAUAACACGUUUCAGUUUUCCAUUCUUGUGCACUCACCAAGACCAACAAAUAACCUGAAAAUCUCACAGGAUAUCCUCAAUCAAAAUUGCUCCAAAAUCCGACGUGAAAUCGCCAGACAGAACCCUCUGUUGAAGAAAACUUGUACAUUCUGUGCUCUACAGUUGCUUUGGAAGCCAAUAAUUUUGUUGCCAUGGCACUUGCCCUAUUAGUGAGGGAGAGACUGAGUCUUCUGUAGGUUCUUGCAUAUAGACGCACCUUUGGACCAAUCGAUUAUGGUCCUCAGCCUUUUGACUGUAAAGCUGAGGUAGCACUUAGGACUUAGCAUAGACUAAGGGGUCCCGACUUGCAUCAAGAAGCUAGGGGUGCUCCUUUUACCACUGUGCUUGACAGAGAAAAUCGACAAACACUCUUCUGCUGUCCAUUAUCCUGUGCCUAAACAUUCGGUGUGAUGUGAAAGGACUGGUCUGUCAAGAAAGCCAUUGAGGUUAGACUUCCACUUAACUGUGCCCUGCAUUUAGUCACGUCAUCAUCAUUUCUGUGGCUGGAACCCUAACGUCAAUGGUACGUGUUUUAACCUGUAGAAGUCCCCGAGACCGGAGCAUCACAUUAAUGUUGUACAAAGCUGUAUAGUUUGGAAUGAAAUCGCUCAUCGAUGCAGAGGUUAUGUCCCUUUAAAGGCGUCGGCUGAGGUUCGGUGACCGACGCCGAUGCCUGUGUAAAUGCUAUUGUGUGUGUGGAACCGUUCAAAGAAUGUCUACAUUGUUUCAAAGCCAUAUGUAAUAGAUUCCUCUCUCUCCCACUGUAGGACAAGAUAAAACUGAAUGCUUUGACUCUUUAUAUGAAAUGCUUCUCUUUCUAUUUAGCUUAUUGUGCUUGUAUGUGCUUCAAGAACUGUGCUUCUUGUCAAUCCCUUUGCGAUAUAUAAAUGUAUGGAAUAUAUACAUACUUAAGACUUCUGUUCUUUUUGUUUGACAUUUUAAUAAAGCACUUAAAGGCA